GAAGGCAUUGAAAGCAGACGAUUUGCGAUUUGCAAAGUGAGUCAAAAGCAAAAUGUUUUUACGUUUUUGAUGUGUAUAAUAUUAUUUUUAAAUUAAUUAAAAGCUAGUCUUGAAAGUGUUGAUAGAUUUUAAAUUUAUUACUUAAACGUUUCAUCAUGGUUGAUAGUGAAAAAGAAGAAGCAAUAAGCCUUCAAAAAGAGUUUGAAUGGGUUCUCAACAAAGAAGUCCAUGCUGCACUUAGUCAACUUCAUACGAUACUACAAGAAUGUGUGAGACGGUUUCCAUUGCCAUUAUGCGGCAACGAAGGGACACUCAAGCAGGAUAAGUUUGUACUUACAGCGCCACCCGAUCAAAUGAAAUGUAUCAUCUCGCUCACUGGAGACUCCAUAUCACAAGCGGACAUGAACUUCAAAGUACAGCGUCAGCAGAACGUUCAAUACAAGGUGCAGAUACAGAACGACCAUCCGUGGAAAUUGCACCAAGUGCAGGAUGCCGGAAAUCACCUACAACAAGCUAUAUCCCACAUAGAUAACAUUGAUCGUGACUAUUCUUUCAAAACGUCAGAAGAAGUUUUACAUAUCCUGGGCAACAUUCUUGGCUGCCUGCAGCGCGGAAGGUCGUCGCUUAUCAUUCCACGAAAACGAACAAUCGAUGAUCUAAUGAGGAGUAGAAACAUGAAGUCGCUGACGCCGAACCUGCCGGAAGACCUGGCGAUCAGCUUCUACAUCCAGAGCCACAAGCUGGUGCUGGCCGUCUACCAGCUGACCAACAUCGGCGGCCAGAUGAAGUUCGAGACGAGUCAAGCCGAGGCGUCGGUGCCCUGGCUCAACGAGGUCCUCGUCCUCUUCACUGUCGCCCUCCAGCUCUGUCAGCAGCUCAAGGAUAAGAUCUGUGUGUUUGCCCAGUAUAAGGACUUCACAAUCGAAUCAGUUACGUAUUGAGAUCAAAUUCAGUCAGAAUUCUAUCAAAUUCAAUCAGCAGUCAUCUAGCUGACAUCACAUCAAAGCAUGCCAUGCUUAGUAUAAAACAACUUCAACUAAAAUUAUAUUUAUAGCGUGAUUGUCGAGUAAGAUCCUAGUUAGAAUAUUAUAAAAAUUGCGUUUGUAAAAUACAGCAAACCCUUGAACUUGUUUCUGUUUUUGUUUAUAUUUUCCAUUUUUAAUUAUUGAUGUUUUAGUAUUUUAUCCUAUUGACUUCCAAAGUUUGUAAAAUUUGAGUGGAGGAAGAUACACUUAACGGAUUCAUAAGUAUGGUGUACUUUUCCACAUAGUAUAAUAUUGAUCCUCUUGAGUUCAAAUUGAUUUUUUCAAGAGAAUUCUGAAAAAUUCAAAAUUUCAUUAUCUCAUUAAUAUAGCUUUGUUUACCAAGAAGUAAAAAAAACUCAUUGUUCCUUACAGAGUCAGUACUUGAAUAAUAUAAUGUAAUGUGAGUCAUCUGGCUGCAUGAUAAUACGAGUAUUACUGGUCAUUCAUUUUUAAAGCUCUUCCAUGAGAUAUUUGAAAUUAUUCAAUGUUUUCUAAGGACUUGAUACUAAUUUAUCUUUGAUUUCCUAGAAAACAACACGAGGUAGUCAUUUUUUAUCCUUAAAUGAAACAUUUAAAACUUGCAUAAAUAUAUGAGGACUGUAAUUAGUUCUGGAUGGUUGACAAACAAGCUCUCUGUGAUUGAGAAUGCCCACAUUCUCGGUAUUGGAAAAAUGUAAAAUUAGUCAAGUUCUAAUACAUCCAGCUCAUUCAGAGCAGGAUCGGAACAUGCUAUAAUACAUCUGUUUCCAGCAUUGAAGAUUGAACAUGAGAAUAAUGAAUUUAUUUGUUUGGAAGCUUUUUAUAUAACAAUUGAACCACUGAAACGAUUACAAGGUAUUGUUGUAUUAGGUUAGUUAAAAUGUUUUGGUGAGAAAUUUGUUAGUCAUGCUACUAUAGUGCCAGAGAUGUUACUUUUGAUGAAGAGUUAUUAUAGAAUCGUUCAAUUAUAGUUGUUUAUCAGAGAUCAAACUUCGAUUCAAUUUAGUACAACUAAUAGGAAAUGUAUUUUGAAAUUUCAUUUGAAAUAUUAAUUAACUUACUUUAAUGUUAAUGUCGUAUUUAAUAUUCAAUUAUUGUGUGUGGUAGCCUUCUCACUCACAUUUGCUCUGUAGUAACCUGGUCUAAACUAUGAGUAUUAAAAUAAUUUAUGUUCUUAUUAAAUUAAUUUAUAUUUAUUAUUUCACUUAGUUUAAUUGGAUUAAUAUAUAGUCUAUAUAAAUGAGUUUUAAUCUGAGUUUGAGUUUACCUGCCAUUUUAGUUCAUUUUGCAAGAAUGACUUAAAGUCCAAACCAAAACAAUUUGUUAAAAGUUUGUGGCUUUCCGAUUACUCUGUAUAAAUUAUUCUGUAGCGGAAAUGAACUUUCAUCAACGAAUUUAGCUUUAAUUUACAACAUUUACACUCGUUCAUUACUUUUAAUACAUCAUCUCACUUUCAUUUCCAUUCAUCGUUCUAUUUAAAGCCAAUCAUGGCCAAUAAUUUCCAUACAUUCAUAAUUCAUUCACUUAUUUUAUUUAAAAAUAGUAAGUUUAACAAUCCAAAAACUCGACCAGGCCAGAUAUUCUCGGGAUACUACCGUGUUGUGUAUGGGCACGUAGAGUCGUCGGACUCGGCUGCCUAUAAGCAGUCGUUAAGUCAUGUCAAAGGCCAUGAUCAGGUUUGACCUGAAAACUCUGACACUAGACCUUAUCCAUUCAGGUCAUUCGACAUUUGUUCAUUUUCAAUCGAAAAACAUCUUACAAUAUUUAAUUUGAUAUGUCUCUCCUAUCUUGUCAUUAGUAAUAUCUCACUAACUAUAGCAUAAUAUUGAAUCCGUGUGAAUUGAUUAUUCCUCGAGUAAUAUUAUUGUGUGAAACUUGAAAAAUAUAUUUAAAAAACUGUUACCAAUAACUGUUUACUGUAUUUCAUAAGUGUGUAAAUGAUCACUGAUAACUUACUGUUAUAACUUACAUAACUGAUAAAAAACAGCUAAUUGCAUGUUCUACAGUUGUCUGAUGAUUAUCAGUUUUUCUUUUAUUUACAUCUAUUCUAUCUACUAUUAUUUAGUAAGGUAAAAAUAUGACUACUGAAAACCCCAUCAAUCUAGACUUGCGAGUAUUGUAAUUUGAAAUAGAAACUGCCUAAUAGCGGGUAGGCCUUAUCCGUGGCUUACCUAGUGCUAUAGUAGUAAAUUAGUUGAAAUAAAGGAAGGCUUGCGUAGAUAAUUUACAAGGUACUAUAUAACAAACCAUGGUGGUUAUAAAACUCAAGCAAUAAUAAGUAGAUCAAUUUAAAUCCGGUUAAACAUGUAGGAGUAUCAAACAGAUUAAAUGUAAUGUAUAACAAAGUAGCAAAUAAAAAUACAAGAAUAUACCGCUAAAUAAUAUUGGAUGAUGAUUUUCGAAAUAUUAAUAAUUUAUUAAUAAAAAUACAUACAAUAAUGUAUGAUAACUAUAACAUUCCAGUUGGUCUCGUAAGCCUUUUAAAAGAAACUCUUUAGAUUUACCUGUGUAGUAAACUAAUACAAUUUAUAAUAUCAAAUACCGCCUCAAUACAUUUUAAAUAUUCAAAUUAUGAGGCGUGAAACUCUCCCAAUGGUGUAAUGCUCUCAAUUUUGUCUAUUUCAGAUAAUCUUCUUGUUGUCAAGUAAAAACAUUAUUUUGAACAUCAUUCCUUUGUUUAGAAAAAUAUUCUCAUUUACUAUUUCUUAUUAGUUUUCCAAAUGGUUUCAAUCAUCUUCAAAACUGUAAUUUUGUUUAUAAAAUACGUAUCUUAAUUGCAACAGAAAUGGCUACAUGUUAAUUGAAAUAGGUUCAUAAAAAUAUGAGAUAAGGCACCUGUUUAACUUAAAAUAAUAUUGUUUAAGACUUGUUUAUGUGUUAGAGUGAGCAUUACUGUCCAAUCUAAUAAAGAGAUAAUUAUAAUCUAUUGUAUUAUAAUGAAAGAAAAUGGCUGAAAAAUACUGAUGAAAGAAAAUGGCAUUACGAGACACUCUGGAUAUUAUUCUGAAGAUAUGCUUCAAAAUAUUAGAUCUUCUGACAACUGGGAAAGAUGUGAAUAAUAAAGCUCAAAACUCAUGAGUAGUUGAAAGUAGGUGAAAAAAGAUUGCCUUACCGAUCAAAUAAUAUCAGUUUGUUAAUGAAUAUUAAAACUCCUUUUUUUCUUUCACAAACAACGUCUUAAAUGUUUUGUAAUGGCUAUUUUGCUUCUCAAAACAACAUGGUGCUUUUUUAGUUGGUACUUUAUUGCUAAAUACGCUGCAUUUAAUAUUACUCCGAUAAGUCUUACAUAGAUUCUAGCUUAUAGAUUGUAAUGCAGUCUCUCUUUUAGUUUUUGUGACUUGAAAACUCAACUCAAAAAUAUUUUUCAGAGUAGUUUGUUUCUGUAAAUUAAAACUGGGAAAUGAAAGGAGGUCAUUGAUAUUAACUAUAUUCUAGUACAAACCUUCUGGUUCCUGGGUCGGUACCCGCGUAAUUCAGUUUUGCUGUUUUUCAUUAUAAUAAAUUGAUUUAUUUAUUUAUGUACUUUGUUGAUAAAUUACAUAUUGAAGCUGAUUUUUGCAAAUUUUCAUUUUCCAUGAUAAAAAUUAAUCUAUGAAUAUAAUUCAGUGAUUUCAAUUGAUAAUUUUGAUUAAUUUUAAUGGAACCCAUAACGGUAAAUGAACAAAUUGUUCUGAUAUUAUUGUUCAAUCCAGAUUGUUGAAUAUCUCGUUGUAAAUCUCACAUAGAUCAUUCAUCUCCACAGCAUUGCGGAACGAGAAAAACAAUUUUAAUAUAAUUAUAAAAUAAUCUGUACUAAUAUAUUAUGACAGAACCGUAGAGACUGUCAGAACGCAAAUUUAAAAUGAUGUUUUUACAAUUAACUCUGUACCUACUGCCCUCAGAUAAAAAAGUAUUUUUUAAUUGAACAUGCUGAAUGUUCAACAUCCACUUGGGAAUUAUGAAUAGUAGAUUCAAAGAGAUAAUGGUUGCAAUUUAGUUAUAAAGUUUAUGUAGUUCCCCAAUUUCAACUCGGUCAAUUUCAUUGAUGUGAUCCUGAAUCCAAAUUUACAUAUUAUACUUUCGUGUUGGUAUGACAAACUUGUUUGAGUUAUUGAAGAAGUCGGCGAUUAAGAAUAAUCAUUCUUAUAAAUUGUAUUAUUGUGAUACAUAAUAUGUAAGAUAUUAAUGAUAGACGCGUGUAGUAAUUGGAAUUGUUUGGUUUAUGAAUUGUAGAUUGUAGAUAAGAUGUAAUUGAUAGUAUUAGUACAUGUUUAUGAGAAAAAUAUAUAAAAUAUCCCCUUAAUUAAACGAUAAUCUGUAACAUGAAAACGAGCUAUGAUACAACUUUUUUUUAAUUUUAUAGUUUUCACCAGUGAAAAAUAAUUGUGUGUUUCACUUCAUUUAUAUCUAACAUGUAAUUUUCCAUGGUGAAAUUAAAUUUAAUCUUCAAUCUUGAAGUGAAUCUAGAUGAAAAUAUCUCCAAUAAUUGAAAAGUGUGUUGGCCUACCUCCUCGUAAUUGUAUACCUAUCUCUUUACGAAAAUUGAUCUUACGUAUAGCACUUCCAGAAUAACUGAGCAGGAAUUCGAACUGCAGUAGAUGUAAUACCUAACUAUCUUCUGUCAUAUACGCUGCUAGGCAAUAUGAACUAUUUUGUAAAAUACUUGAAACGUGUACCCCAUUUGUAUGAAAAUUGUUGUUAGAUACUUGCAGUAGAUCUUUGUAGUAUUUAAGUAUGUCUUCACCUUUAUAAAUUACCUUCAUUUAAUCAGAUUAUGUAUACAAUUGUUGUUGAAUCAGAAGGAUUGGAUAAUGUAUGUUGAUAUUCUAAGCAAUGUAUAAUUUGUGUCAAAGACUAAAAUUACGAAAAUUGAUAUUUAUUCCUCCAGCGAAAUCAUACGGGGCUGAGAACUGGAUAAGAAAUUUUGUACCUACAAACUGUUCCUUAAACACAAGAAUUGCCCUGUAAUAAUAUUAUAAAUAUAUUGAGAUUUUUAAAUUGAAUCGUGAUCUUUCUUACCAUCCUUUGGAUUUGUUGUGCCUUUUCCUUUAUUAAGUGAGGAAAUUUAUCAACUAGGUAUUCAAUAUUUUUUAUUCUUGCUAUUUCUUAAUUCCUGAUGUAAUGAUCUAUUAUUAUCAAAUAUAAUUUGUAAUAAGUACUCAAAAAUCAAUCUAAGAUACAAGUAGAUAUGUUUAAAUGAAACAACACAGUUCGACAUUGUUUAUAAAUCACUUCUUUAUUUAUUAUUCCAAUAGAAAUUUGUAGGAAAUUAUUCAAUUAGGAAUAUAUCACUGGAAUCUAAAAGUAAAGUGAUGUUAUAUAUUUAUUUUUUUGUAUUAAAAUCAUAUAUUCAUGAACUAUAUUACAAUCAAUUAUUUGUAUGUUACUAACAGAGUAUAAUAUGACUUAUCUUAAACAUGUAUUAAUAACAUUUUCAUCACAUUCUUCUUAAUAUUAUGUCUUCGGAUGUAAUAUUGGUAUAGUAAUACUUGUUUUAUCACGUUUAUAAAAGAUAAAUCUUUGGCCUAUUUUAAAACUAAAUGAAACUCUCAAAUCAUGAAAAUAUAAUUCUUUAAAAGUAAAGACUUGAAAACAUAAGACAUACUCAAUAAAAAUCCAGCUCAUUAUCAUUCAUUACAGUCAAUUAAGACAUAGCUAUAGGUAGAGUUACGUUAUAGUGUGUUUUGCAAGGCUUUUCACAAAGUUCGCUAACCAAUACGGUAUUGUAGAAGAAUGAAUCAUUGUGAGAAAUAGUUUGAUCAAAAGUUUAAUCAAUAAUAAAGUAUCAACUACUAUUUGAAAUGGUUUUUAAAUUUCAGAUCUAGAAUGUUCUUAUUAGCCUACAUAAAUAAUAUUUUGAUGCUUCUAUCUAUUGGUAACAAUCUCCGAAAAAGAUUUAAAUUAUAUGUAGUUCUACCUGCAAUACAAGUUAGUGAGAAUAUAUUUCCAAUACAUAUAUUUUCACAAGAGUUGUAAUAUUUAUUUUUUAAGGUAGUUGUGUGUACCAUUAGGUGAUAAUAAAUUUUAAUAAUAGCACAACUUACCCACUCAAAUAAUUUUCAUGCACUUAAUGAGUAGUAUUAGUUGUAUUGUGUAUUCUUUACUACUUUAUUUUAUAUUUAUCUAUAGAUUGGAAUUAGAGCUUAUACUGUAUCUGAAAAUAUUCCAUUUCGCUCUAGUUUUUGACCCCUUCAGAUCUAAAAUGUAUCUUUAUCUGCAGAUGGGCAUUCACCUUCAAUUAAAAACUAUUCUAUUACACUCUAGUUCUAAUUCACACUAUUAUUUAUUCUUUGUUGCACAGGUCUCUCGCAUGAAUAUUUUUAAAAACUAUGCAGAUUAUAAGAAUUUUAUUCUUUGAAUAACUCAUUUGGAUGAUUUUCAUUAUGUUGAUUGAUGAUUUUUACAUAAUAAUUCCAACCUGAAGACCUGUCUACAAAGAAGUGAAAUUUCUUUAAAUGGUAAGUUCAGAAUAACCUUAAUCAACAUUAUCAUAUCAAAUAAUUUUUUAUAAACUCAGUUCUUAUUGUUUUAUCAUCAUGAUCAUCUAGUAUAAGUAGGUACGUGUUUAUUUCCCAGUCAAUACACUUACAUGAUAGAAACUGGAUAUUUCCUGAAUUCUUUAAUUGAUUUUAGGCUAUUUCUACUUUCUGUCUAAAAAUUGAAUCGAAAUUCGCUAUUAAAAGAAUGAAUGUGUGGGAGAGAAAGGGCUUAAACCAUCUUAUCCCUUUCUAUUACCAUUGCUUUACAUGAUCAAAUAAAAAUCGUGAUCAAUUAGUAGUUGAAUCUUAAAUCAAAUGACUUUUUCCAGAAAAUACAUCUUUCCAAAAAUAAUAAAUUCACACUAACUUUAAAAUACUGUUUAUGAGUUGUAUCACAAUUGAUGUUUAUCUGUAUUAUCAGAGUAAUUAAUAUUAAGUAACUAGAGGUAAGAUUCAUAUAGUCAUUUAUUGGUAUGAGUAUUUGUGUCCUAGUUGUAAGAAAUAUGUUUUUGCGUAUUCUAUCGCGACAAUAAUAAAUUAUUUAUUGACCAGCUGUGUGUUUGUACACCCAGUUUUAUAAACAUUGUUGAUUGUUGAGCAAUAAAGUAGUGCAUUGUUA